UUAUGUUGAUUACCUGACUGUGUCAAUCAGGUAGGCGGUAAGUAUAAUCGCUAACUAUAUACUUAAUGUUUAAGAUUUGUGUAUCGAUAUAUAAAAUCUGCACGCAAAAAAACAUGCACUGGCCAAAGGUUUCGACUCAGCUUCAACGAUCUUUUGUUGAACUCAACUUGUCCUUCAGAAGGCCGGCGAAGCGAAAAAAAGAACCUGUAUUUGUUGAGAAAUCUAAGCAGUGACCUUACUCGUAGUCAAAGCUACUCUUCAUUGGAGAUACAUUGGAGAACAUUUAUCCCAUAAUACCAGAUUGAAAUUUUCUGCAGUUCGGAAAUUUAUCAGUGUCCUGGAUUUACUUAGAAUGCGUAAAAGGCCGCUGGUGCUAAACUAUGCACUGAUAUCGGCCACGCAUCCUCUGCCUCUACUAUUCUUAAUCGAGCACCGUUUAUUUAGCGCCUGCAGUUAGACGUAAUGCCAUAACCAUUAUGGUGCAGGUAGUGGCUCCUGCACACAGGCAAUACGACGCGUGGAAUGGCCUAUUCGCUACAUCCCGUCUAUCCGGGCUCCGUUUCAUCUUAGUUUCGAGUCGCCUGUAUAGCAUAUAGGCGAAAGUAUAUAGUAGCAUCGCAACCCGCGCUUCAGUCAUCCCGACUUCAGUCGCGACUGUCAGCCUCUCGCCACUUCCGAUCUGGGCCUCGACCGCCUGCCACUACCGCUGCCAUCCUUCGGUCGUCCGAUGAGCUGCUCAAUACAAAAAACAAUGCGCGGACGUGGAUGUCAACGCCCCACCGCAAAAUAUAUAGCCCACGUGCGAGCCUAGGAGGCUGCAACAGAACAACAAUGACACAUGUCUAUAGAAUUCUAAUCCAACGAACACGUCCUACGGUUUUAAUAGCUCUGUAACUGGGUAACUCUGUCACAUGAUAGACUAGUUGUUGGACCAGUUGGUGGGGAGAGGUUUUUUGACAUUUCAGGAAAUGCACGUCCGUCAAGCGUGAAAAGUGCUCACGUCGCUAGGUAUACAUGCCCGACGCGAACUGAUAACUCGAUAGUCGUUAACUAACAAAGCUUCCAGUAAGUAAAACGCUAAAAAGCCAAGGCUGAUUUGGAAUAGAAAGUGCCCAUAGUUUGUGAUCGUAGUUACUCUAACAGUACGCUGCUGGAAGACAUAGAAGGUGAAGGAAAAAAGUGACCGUUCUUGACAUACUGUGUGAGGACCGUCAGUCGUGUUACGAAUAAACCUAUCGAUAUGUUAUUAAAAACGAUACUACGCAGUUUCGUUCUAGCAGUUUCAACGAUAGUAGUAAAGGGUGUUGACGUAACAACAACCGUGCCUAUCGUGCCGACCGAACUCACAAGUACGCUAUCGGCUCAAGUAACUGUUCUCGAUCAUCGAAGGGGCGCCCUCACAAGGGAUAUUGGCCCCCACUCCGAAGAGCCUCGUGCAGGUCGAGCAUUUAGUCCUGAAAUUUCAGUUACAGCAAAACCAAUCAGUGUGGGCCGUUCGGUAAAUAUUGAUGAUCAUCUCAACGAGCAGAACCUAGCGAUAUUGUUUCCGCACCUUUAUAGUCACCUGACUGGUGCACACGAGAACGCACACUCAAGGAAUCCAGUCCAGGUUUCAGCUCAACCGGCCAUCGAGCAUUCGCGCAUUUGGGACAUGCUAGAACAAACACAUUCCGAACGACGAAAACAGGUGCCCCAACCAACUACGUCGACCACUACGACGACAACUCCAAGGCCUGUCUCGAUACAGCCACCUCAUAUAGAGAAAAAGCCUGAUGUCAACUCCAAGCUUACCGCUUCCAGCAAAACGCUGCCCAUGUCACCAGCCUUAUUACCGCAACUGCUCGAAGAGCUGAAGAAUGAUGAGACGAUUCGAGACACAGCCGUACGUCAACUCCAUCGUCGUAUUCUGUUUGAUAUAAUUCGCAUGGCAAUCGGCGCCAAAUCCGUAAAUGCGUCCGAUGCCGGCCUCCAGAAGACCAUUUUAGUUAGCGGCCAGAAAAGAAGUUUGAUGCCGCCGAUCUCUGUGUCAGCACCCGCUGCUACAACAACAACAACCCCCGCUGAAAUUUCUACGACGACAGCAACUACCGGAUCGGCAGAGCAGUUGUUUGAAGAAGUACACCGUGAGGGAUACGUUGAUUUAGAGCACAUGGGCAAUGAUCAUGUGUGCUUUCACUACAAAGGUGUUCUUGGCGCGCCACCUAAAGGAAAGUCUGAGAACUCUCCACCGCAAGCAUCUCUACCGUCACAUCCCCUCACUGAGACGGAUCCAACACUCCUUCAGCUUUCGCAACAAGUCCAGGAUAAUUGGGACGACUUUGUUGAUAAGAUUCGCCAGGUAGCAAAGGCGAGCUGGGAACACAUGACUAAACAGAUGGCUCAAUCUAUCCAUAAUAUGGUCUAGUCCAAAUCUACGUUUAUAUAUUGGAAGACCUAUGAUUUAAGACAUGUUAAUCCGACGUACAGAGUUUACCCAGAUCGAGAUAUAUAUAUAUAUAUACAACAUACGUUCCAAAACGCAGCCAUUGCUUGAAAGUUUUAUCUUAAUGGAAUUAGUCUACUUCCGACAAAAUGGAGGCAAUUUUUAUUCUGCCAGACGAACUGCUAUUUGGAGUUGUUACGAAACGCUAGUAGUGUAAGCUUCCAGCUCCUAUAUACCAGACCAGUCAUGACUAAUAAACAACUGUUUAGUUGUAAAUAUACAAAUUUUCAAGAAAAACAUGUAGUAAAAUUUCUUUCUUGAAAAUUUUCAUGAAAAAUAAAUUUUUCAGGAAAUAUUAUUUGUCAAGAACUAUUGAGAGGUUAGUAAUUCGAUCAUUUUGGUAAAGCAUUGGGGAGCUAAGUGACUUAGCUAGAUCAGCAUUUCUUGGUAAGCCCGACGACGGAACCACAGAUUCUACUUUUUGAAAUUGAGUAUUUUUCGAAUUUGAGCGCGCUUACUGCCGCUACCAUCUUUGGUGGACGUAAGGCCGCUUUGAACCCAGCGCUGACCUACUCGUUAAGCAUGAGUCCAUAUAGAAUACGGCCGAGUCAAGUUUCCAGAUAAACUUGUAGGAACGUAAGCAUUGUAAGGAAAAACUGCAUAAUGCGUAUUAUUGUGCAAAUAGGGUGUCAAAUUAGCGUUAUUACGUGUUUAUGUAGUACACCUAAAAUGGGACGCUGGC